AGGGGCGGGGCCGGCCCGGGAGUGCGCGGGGCGUUCCGGUUCCGGGCGGCGCGGGGUCGCCAUGGCGAGCAACGCCGCCAGCCUGAAUGCCGUGAGGGAGACCAUGGAUGUUCUGUUUGAGAUUUCAAGAAUAUUAAACACUGGCUUGGAUAUGGAGACAUUGUCUAUUUGUGUGCGGCUUUGUGAACAAGGGAUAAAUCCAGAAGCAUUAUCAUCUGUUAUUAAAGAACUUCGUAAGGCUACAGAAGCUCUAAAGGCUGCUGAAAAUAUGACAGGCUGACAUGGAAGAACAUCUCUGCAUGAGAAGCAUGCCAAGUUAAAAUUAACAGGAGCUCUGAAGAUUGCCACUAUUAAGAAAAAAAAAAAGAAAGGAGUGUAUGUGAAGGUUUCAGAGUAUUACUGUAAUGUUUUUCAAAAGAAUGGUGUAUAUUACAGCUUUGAAAAGUUUUCAAUAAGUUCACUAGUAAUAUUAUUACUUGGUAUUUUUGUGAACUGUUUGUGAGUAUUGUGCAACUGCUCUUCUUUGGCAUCCUAUACUUCUAAAAUCAUGCCAGAUAUUGUACAUUUGUUGAAUUUAAUGUGCACCAACAGAUCUUUUUAUAAUGAGUGUAGCUUUGUUAUUGCAUCCUUUAGAAGUGCUAGUAUAUUCUGGGUUUUAUCUCUUGCUUUGAUGAAAAACUACAUGUACAGUUUUAGUCUUGCUUUAUGGUCCAGAUAAGAAUGAAGCCCAUACUAACUUUAUUUUAGAGGAAGGGCAGUAACUUAAGUCUUAAGCUGAAAGUAAUAAAUAAAGCAUUUUUUAAAUAA